CUCCAACUCCUUUCAAGACGCUCGUUUUUGAUCAUUCACAAUGAGGUAUAUACAACUACGCGCGCUUCCCCGACUAUCGCCGACAUCUCUUGUCCUCCGCCCCUCUCCCCGCAUUCAGACACAGAUCACUCGGCUCUACGCCACGCAAAGCAACUUAGGCAGCGGGCCUCAAUCUAUUCCGUCAAGGAAGAAAAGCAUUACAGUCUUGUCCGACGAUGGGAGAGUUCAGUGGGGCGAUUUGAGUCGAGGAGAGAAGGUUGCGCGGGCAACACAACAAUCCUUCAACUUCGUUAUCGUCUUAGCUGGAGCAGUACUGACGGGUGGAGUCUUUACACUUUUCUAUCUCGAGGUUUUGUCACCAAACAGCAAGACAUGGCAAUUUGAAACAGCGGUAGGGCGCAUUAAAGAUGACCCUGAGUGUAUAAAAUUGCUCGGUGAUCGAAGAGAGAUCAAGGCCUAUGGCGAGCAGACCUCGAGCCGGUGGGCACGGAACAAGCCUAUCGCAUCAUCAGCUGAAAAGGAUCGAUUGGGUCGUGAGCACCUUCGCAUGCAUUUCCAUGUCGAGGGUCCUCUCAACUCCGGCGUGGUCAUUGUGCAUAUGAUGAAGCCUUUGGAUAAGAGCAAUUUCGAGUACCAGCUUCUCGCGUUGGAUGUGAAAGGGCACCCUCGCAUCGUCCUCGAGAAAGCCUCAGAGAAGGCUAAUGUGACUAGCGCCUUAAAGCUUUUUGGUAUUCAGUGGCGCUGAUCUGGUA